AUGGGCAUACCAACGUGGCUGAGCGACGAGGAGAGGGGGCGCAAUCUAGGACUCUUUGAGGGAGGGCUAUACAUCCGAGACAUUGCAAAGAAGAUCAAGAGAUCACGUGACGCUGUCGUACGCGCUUUGACUGGAGGCCGUCGGGACCGACGCAAACCAGGGCGGAAGCCCGUUGUUUCUGAGCGACUAGCGCGCUUACUUCUACGUAAAGGCAGUGGCGACUACUCCGCAGCUCAGCUCAAGAUCGAGUCUGCCUGGGGCAGCAUUGAGCAUUCGACGCUAGCGACGCUGAUUGAGUCCAUACCACGACGCUGUAUUGAAGUGGUCGAGAAGAAAGGAGGAAAGACGCAUUAUUAA